AUGUUCACCCGCCGACGAGACCAGGGGCUCACUUCGGAGCAGACCGAAGGAAAAGCUCACCCACCCGAUGGCACGAUGCCAUCUGAUCUGCCAACAGUCGUUCCGCGCUCGCCGAACGUGUCUCGGAUUCCUCGCCCUCGGGGCCAGGUCUUCGUCAACCCGCCAGACCACGAUACCGAUGCUUCUGGUUCGGGGUUUUCAACAAACCCCACCGAGACACGGGGUGCCGUACCCGUCCGCAAUCGUCGGUCCAGCAACGGCAGCCGCACUAUGCCCGAUGUGCAGCCAUGCCUUGCGGCCUCCUUCUCCAUCAUGACGAUUGACAACACGCCACGGGAGAACUACGGACCCGCAGAAAGUUUCCUCGCGGCCGCGAACUACGGUGAUCAGAUCUCGUCGCUGCCCUCGACACACAAGGCCCGCCAAGCAGGCCCUCGCCAGACUCGUCGGAAGCUUGUUCCCCCGCAAACCGGACCACCCAAGCCCAUCGUGUUAAGGGACUAUAAUCAGGCGCCCCCAGUGGGUAGCCAGUUCUCCAAGUUCCUGCCGUCCGAGCAGCCAGUCAUCCAAGCCGGCAAAGCUCAGCCACGACGGUUACACUGGGCAAGGAGCAUGCAGAAUUUGUGGUCCCGGGAACGCCGACACGAGUCUGGUGAGGCAGGGCUCCAGACCGCCAGCAAAGGACUAAAGUCGUGGUCCUCAAUCCCCAAGCUGGCCCAGCCAUUGACCUCCAAGCCGGCCAAACUGACAAAAGCACGGCCGGCCAAGGCCUUGCCUAAGCCUUCGGCCCCCGUGCUUGUCACACCAAUGGCCCAGCAGUCAGUCCAGCCUGCGAUGCCGACGCUGGCACUGUCUGCAGUCAAUGUGCUGGCAGAGACCCUCCCACGUCCCCAGGAGUUGGUCCAGCCCUCGACCUCGACGCCCGCACAAUCGCCAAUCUUUGUGCUGGGCGAGACGGUCCCAAGUCCUGCGGUGCCUGCCCCAACCGCCAACCGGCCUCUGGUAAACGCCGUGGUGAGCCCCAUGACAAUUGCCCUGCCGCAAGAUGGGCAAGGGGAUUCAACUCCCCAGUCGUGGGCCGAACUCACCCUUUGCGUCAACCGACUGGGAAAGCGGUUGGUCCAUGAAAACGACCCGGAGCAGCGAAAGAAGUUGUACGCAGACUUCGUUCGUCUGAUGUCCCUCCGCGCCGACGUGCUGAGUCGGGAGGAUCUUUGCGCCGAGCAAGAGUCCCUACUCGCGGUGAUGCGUGCCGAGUCCUCAGGGCGCCGCAUUUUAGCGUCUCUGCGGGCUCACACCAUCUACCAAGAGGAUGGGACCCUUCGUAACAUGACGGUGCCAACAGAUCAGAUUGUGAAGGAGUGGUAG